UAAGCAGCGAGUGGCGGAGGGCGACGUGGCUUGAGCGUCCCGCGGCUUUGCGCUCUGGGCCUUCUCUGAAUCUCCGGGAGGGAGGAGCUGUUUUAUAAUCAUUAUUUUUUCCUUGUCCGACGCGCGCCGUGCAGUUUAGGGAGUUGCAAACUCUUGAUAUAACAAGUCCGUGGGGUUGACGGGCGGAAAUAAUAGGAUUUUCUGGAAGUGUUAGGCCCAAGAGAUUAAGCGAGCGCCGUACGAAGGAGUGACGGUAGCGGCUUCUGGACUGUAGGUAAAAGGUAACCGUAGACUUUUAAGGACGCGACUGAGGAGAGAGGAGGCGGAUCCAGGGCGAAACCCAGGUUUGUAAACCCAAGAACAAGAUGGCGGAAGGAGGCCGGCCACAGAGGAAGAUGUCACGGGCUGGAGAGAGCUUAUAUCACAUCCUGGGCUUGGAAAAGGGUGCUUCCCCAGAAGACAUCAAGAAAGCAUACAGGAAACUGGCUUUGAAAUACCACCCAGAUAAGAAUCCUGAUAAUCCAGAAGCAGCAGAGAAGUUCAAGGAGAUCAAUAAUGCCAAUGUAAUUCUCAGUGAUGAGAACAAGCGGAAUCUCUAUGAUGAAUAUGGCUCUAUGGGACUCUAUGUGUCCGAGCAGUUUGGGGAAGAAAGUGUGAAGUAUUAUUUCCUCAUGUCCAAGUGCUGGUUCAAGACAAUAGUAGCGUGCUGUGGCCUCUUUACAUGCUGCUGCUGCUGCUGCUGCUGCUGCUUCUGCUGUGGGAAAUGCCGCCCACCUGAAGAAGACGAGUCCUACAAGUAUGUCAAUCCUGAAGACCUGGAGGCCCAGAUCCGUGCAGAAGACAAUGGUGGCGAUGCUAUCCGAAUGCAGCCAACAGCAAAUGCAACAUUGCACACUACAGAUGAGAAUCAGUCCCGCAAGCCAUGACCUUAGUUUGGUUUCCAGUCACAGCACAGUUCCUAUUCCAGCAACCAUUCCAGAGACAUCCUGCCCAGGCCUGAAUUACCAAUCAUUUGGACUCUGGACAAAGAGCUCCCUCUCCAGUUUGUGAUGCUGUGCAGUGACUUUGGUGAGGGUGCCUGAAUGCCUGCUUCAGAGUCAUAAAUCUUCUCAGGGAACAUGGCCGCAGGCAUACUCGGACCUUGCAAGGGGCUGGUUUGAAGGAAAGAGAGACACUUUAGCUCUGCCUCUUUGGGCCCAAGGAACAUCUUCCCCCUUCUCCAGCAGCAGAACGGUUCUUUGUUUUAGCCUGUAUUCCCACAACAGUGAAGGAAAAGAAAACGGAUGCAUGUUGCCAGCCAGCAGUCUUUAUCCCCAAGUCAUUCUUUCUCCUUGCAAUCUUGGUAUUUUGUGUUUUUAAGCCAGCCAUAUUGUGCCCUUGCCAAAGACCAACACGUGAUGGAGGAGGAGAUAUUGGGCUCUCUGCCUCCCAGUACCAGGGAGUCAAACUGCCCUGCCCCGGCUGUCCCCUGGCAACUGGGAUUGCCCUCUCUGACCUAUGCAUUGGUGCCAAGCUGCAUUUCAGGGUGUAGUGUGAAGUAUGGUGGGAUUUGGAGUGCCUGCCUGGUAAGUUGGUGUUGCCCUUCAUCUCCCACGAUGAAUUGCUGCUCCAGAGAGCUUUAGUUUGCUGUGUAGCAUCCUGCCUCUUAAGCUGCCCCGAAUCCUUUUCUGUGGGGCAGUACUGGGCAAGGGCAUUUUUCACACUGUGAUUUAAAAAAAAAAAUUGUUAGGUUUUUAUCAGCACAAUUAAAUAUUUCUGAAGGAAA